UUCUCAAUCUCCAUAUAUACAUACAUACUCAUGGCCCACCACCCUCUUUUCUUAUUACUACUACUAUUUCCUCUGUUUCCCAUCUUCAGUUUCUUCAUCUCACAUUGCUGUUUUCAGGUGUUUGAUCGAGUUUACCGGCUCAAAUGGGUGCUUGCGGCCGGUGGUUUAAGAGGUUAUUAGGCGGUAAAAAAAAGGAGAACCGACCCGAAAAAGUAGAGAUACAGCAGGAUUCCAAGAACUCAAACGGGUCACGAAGCCGAGAUUCUUCUGUGAGAGAAUCAAGCUUUCGUGUUGGUAGUACAAAAGUUAUUGGCCGAAGCACCGGAACAAAAGAAUUUGCCGCUGUUCGCAUCCAAACUGCAUAUCGUUCUUAUCGGGCGAGAAAAGCGUUACGCUGCUUGAAAGGUACAUCAAGAUUUCAGGAGAUAAUCGAGGCGGAUGCACUUACAAAACAAGCUUCUUCUGCUCUUAACAAAAUACAUUUUUGGAGCAAAAUACAAAUGGAAAUCAGAAAUCGCCGCCAUUGGAUGGUGGCUGAAGGACGGAUGAAACAAAAGAAGUUUGAAAAUCAAGUGAAAUUCGAGUCUAAGCUUCAUGAACUUGAGGUCGAAUGGUGCGGUGGGCCCGAGACAAUGGAAGAGAUCGUGUCAAGAAUGCAACAGCGUGAGGAAGCCACAAAUAAGCGUGAACGAGCAAUGGCAUACGCCUUCUAUCACCAAUGGAGGGCGAACCCAAACCGAUAUUAUGGACAAGCUUAUUAUGAUCUAAGCAAAGAGAGCUGGGGGUGGAGCUGGAAGGAGCGGUGGAUUGCGGUGUGCCCAUGGGAGGCCCGGGUCGUUGUACGGGCCAAACCGAGUAAAAAAACAAAGCAUGGUGGUGGUAGUGCACCAAAGAUAGUGGUUGCAGUGAAACCUCAUGUGAGUACUGGAAAAGGUACAAUUAAAGGUACUUCCUGAAAUGAUUUGGAUACAAAACUGACAAGUUUUCCUGCUUGAGUGAGAGUGGUUUAUGAUAUUCAUCUUGAUUUGUAAAAUAUAUAAUUUGGUGUGUUUGUGACUUUGAUUAACAUAUAGUUAUUAUUUAAUUGAGUUGAUUUACGGGAUUAUUCAA